GAACGUUCAGCUGGAGUUGCCUGUGCUGCUCUAUAUGCUCACAACAGAUCCUUUUCUGGGGCCAGAGGGCAGGAGGCCAUGCGCAAACACACAGACAGAGAGAUAAUGGUGCCCAGUUACUCUUAGAAACUAAAGAGAGAUUCACUGUCCAUGUUUUUAUUGCUUGGAAGUCUUUGUUUAAAGAGAGCACUAGGACUUGUGUUGGCUCCUCAAUAGCUUCCAGGUUCUUGGAUCACCUCAAUCCUUAUUGUCAAACAUGGGGUGCUCCUCAUCCAGUGCACAGACUGUGGAUCAAGAGAAAAGACCAGGUACAAAGCCAGAGGAGAGCAAUGGAGACACAGCAGGAGUCAGAAAUGGUAUCAUUGCAGAAGAUGCACAAACCAUCAAGGACCAGAUGCAGCUGCCUGUGCAGACUGCCUUACCAGAUGAUCUUCAACCAGGAACUGAUGAUGAGGCAGAGGCUGUGUUAGUGGCCCUGGAGGCCCAGGAGGAUCUUGGCUCUGGAGAGGACCUUCUAGCUGCUAUGGAUCCACAGCCAGAACCUGCUGCUCCUGAAGAGCCAGCUCUAGAGGCUCCAGCUGCUGGUCCAGCAGAAGUCUCCCCUAAAGCUGAGACUGCUGUUGUGGCAUUGGAGGCAUUAACCCCAGGGGAUGAAGCUUAUCCUGUAGAAACUGUAGUGACUGAGGCCACACCUGAGGUCAGAGAGGAGUCUCCCAAAGUUGAUUAUGUUGUACUGGAGCAGGCAGAGGCCCCUGCAUUUGUUGAGGAGGUUUCUGUUGUGCCGGCUGAGGCCUCCCCUGAACCCUCUACCCCUGCUAUUGAACCUGUAUCUGAGCCAGCAGAGGCCCUAGUGGUGUUGGAGGAGGCAGCAACUGAGGUUGCUGAGGCUCCUGCAGAAGAGUUUUCUCCUGUGGAGGCAGAGGCUCCACCUGACAAUGCAGGAGCAGUGUCUCCUGUAGCAACACCAACUGAAUCCUCAGAUGAAAGUUCAGCACCAGCACCAACUGAGGCUGCAGCACCAAGUGAAACUUUCGAACCUGCUGUGGCUUCAGCCCCAACUGAUGCUGCAGCCCCAGGCGAAGCUGUAGAACCAGCUGAGACUGCAGCACCAGCCCCAACUGAGGCUGAAGCACAAGGCGAAGCUGUAGAACCAGCUGAGGCUGCAGCACCAGCCCCAACUGAGGCUGCAGCACCAGGCAAAGCUGUAGAACCAGCUGAGGCUGCAGCCACAGCCCCAACUGAGGCUGCAGCACCAGGCGAAGCUGUAGAACCAGCUGAGGCUGCAGCGCCAGCACCAAAUGAGGCUGCAGCACCAGCACCAAAUGAGGCUGCAGCACCAGCACCAAAUGAGGCUGCAGCACCAGCACCAACUGAGGCUGCAGCACCAGCAUUAACUGAGGCUGCAGCACCAACUGAGGCUGCAGCAUCAGCUGAGGCUGCAGCACCAGCACCAACUGAGGCUGCAGCACCAGCACCAACUGAGGCUCCAGUACCAGCCCCAACUGAGGCUGCAGCACCAGCUGAGGCUACAGUACCAGCCCCAACUGAGACUGCAACACCAGCACCAACUGAGGCUACAGCACCAGCACCAACUGAGGCUGCAGCACCAAUACCAACAGAGGCCCCAGUACCAGCACCAACUGAGGCUGUUGAACCAGCACCAACUGAGGCUGCAACCCCAGGCGAAGUUGUGGAACCAACUGAGGCUUCAGCACCAAGUGGAUCUUCAGCUCCUGUAGAGGCUGCAGAGCCUGUAAUAGACACUGAGAUUGCUGCGGCUACUAUUCCAGAGAUGCUUGCAUUAUCUCCUGUCACAGAUAAAGCAAGCACUGGGACUCAGCCAGCUGAUACUGCCCCACCAGCCAUUUCAAAGCUGCCCGCAGAAGUAGCCCCUGAAGCUUUACCAGCAACUGUGACCUCUGAGUGCAAGGUGGACAACGCAACUGUAGCCCCUGUGGCUGACCCAGCCCCUGAAGCAGAAUUAUCAGUGGUGUCUGAAACAGGAGCUACAGAGAGCAAGAUAACCAAAGAAGGUUGAGUUGGUGGCCGAAAUCAACCAAAUAAUGAAAACUCCCUAUAACCUACAAAUUCAAUGUGAACUGGAAGGAAAGAAAGACAAAGCGACCAAACAAACACUACAUUUACAGGAUUGUCUCUUUAGCUCUAACCAAACCAAACUACACCAGAUACAGUAAUAUGAAAUGUGCCUUAAUAACUUGUCUUAUAGGAAAAGAUCAGGAUUUUUCCUACCUUUUGUAAAUAAUAAACCUUCAUGGUGAGUUUUCUUAUUGAGACCGGAAGUGCCAUGAGCCAAGUGUGGGAUUAUGUAUGCAAAUAAUCACAGGUAAAAUGACAGGACGGUGCAAUACAGUGGAGCUAAAGCGAACUCUGCUUUAGCUAAAGCGGCUGUCGAGAAUGAUCAUUAGAUAAUUUAAAGUAAAGCUUCUGAGGAAUACAAGCCAAACACAACUGUGAAUAAAAUUGUGCAAAGAGAUUGAGGUAACACCAAAGUGUCAUGAUUUUAAAAUUACCACAUUUUCACAGAUUGAAUUUGUACUGUUUCUGAAAUGUAUGAUCUGCCCCUUGUACUCAAUUUUAAUUUCUGCCUUUCUAAUGAUAAUAAUUUGAUUAAUAGAAAUGUCAGUGCUAAGUGUUGAGUGUACAAAGUAAUAAAGCUAAGCACUGGAGUCAAAUCCAUGCAUUCUUAAAAAAUCGAUAAUUUUUUAGUUUACAUUGAGAAAGCUUGAAUAAAUGCGUUUUGUAAGGGAAUACAAAUACACACAUGGAAGUUGUUGAGUAUGUAGAUAAUCCAGGUAUUAAUAUAACGUCUUGCCAUGUGUGCAGCUGCACUAUACCUGACAGACAUUCAUACAAUUAUCUCCCAGAAAAAUAAGGGCAUUUCCAAAAUUUAAAAAUGUCUCGAGGCCUGGCAACUCUGGUGUACGGUUUUUGCUCUGAUUUAUUUUUUCCUCUAGGUGAAUGUGUACCAAAGUAAGAAAUCACUUAGUGGACAUUGUAUCCAAACCCUGCACACUGUGUUGAUCAAGGUCUUCGGAAAUUAUUUAAAUUGCACAAGAUGUGUCAAGAACUCUAUUGUAACAAAAAUGUCUGUUAAGAUGUCGGAUAUCUUCAUCUGUAUCUUCCUCUGUUAUGUAUUCCUUCUCUGAGCAGUCUGUGAUUCUGCUAACCUCUUAGUGUACAGAAUAAAGUUUUACUUACUAAUA